GGAGCACCCUGGGGGAAAUCCUUGACCUUAUAUAAAAACUACACCAUAUUACACCUCUUAUAACUGAACUGAACUGAAACUCUAACCUAAAUUAUCUCCAUUGAAGGAAGACCUGAAUGAAAUUUCUUGAGCUGGCAGCAGUAUGGGUUGGUGUCUCAGAGUGAGUGGGGCAAGGCCUCGGGCUUGUUUCUGCAGCGUUGGCUGUAUCCUGUGUUGGUCUGGAGAAGUGAGCAGCUCACUGCUCAGCCCCAGCUCUGGGUAGUGUCAGUGGACAUGUAAUCCAGCUGAAAUGCACAUUCUUGCAAAAGGGCUGGUUUUGGUCCCGGCCACUUCCCUCCUUUGGAUCGAGGCUGGUAAAAGUGUGACUACAGGAUGACUUGUUCAGAUCAUUGGCCCAAAAGACUGUGCUUGUAUGAUUUUAUUACAAGGUAGGUGGUAAGAAUGUGUAGUGAGGGACAGCUCUGUUUAAUGCCAAUCAGCAGCGUUACUGAAUUAAAAGCAAAGACUGUAGAUGCACAAGCAAUGCAGAGAAAGGCAAAAAAGCAGCUGGGUGUAUUGGAUUUGUUUGCACAUUUCUAAUGUGUCCUUAUGUCAUAGCUCAGCAGAAUGAGUAUCUUAGUUGCAAAUCUAAUUAAAGUAUGGCAAGGCUAUGGAUGGAACAUAUUUUAAAUUGUUGUUCACAUUUGUUUACAAGAAACCUGGAUAAAACCCCUUUUUCCCUUGCCUGGAUUGUACUGCCUUUGUUAUCUGUGGUCCACUGAUGUUUGCAACUCUCUUGAUUACUAUUGGAAAGCAGUUAUUAAACAGAGUGUUUCAUUCUUAACAAAAGUUCCCUAGAAACUGGCAGGGCUAAAGGAUUUAAAGGUCUCAUUCUGAAAUGCAGAUCAUAUCUUUUUAUUAAGAAUUUCUUUGUGGAUAUUGGAAAUGUAAAGUUGACAUUUCAAGAGAGAUCCGCACAAGCAAAGCACACAGUGCUUAGGAAGAGAAAAGCCAGAUUCUUCUGGCAUUAUUCAUAAAGAGAAAUAUUGGGACCUCAUGUGAAUCAGCAGGUAGGAGGCUGCAACGUGCCAGUAAUAUCAUAGUGCUCUUUGAGCAUGUUUGGGAAAUUCAGAGGUUCAGAACAGGUCUAAGCUCUUGAUUUAAUUGCUUAUCUAUCUACUAGUCUGAUUUUUCUCCUCUAUUUGCUUUACUUUCUUGCCUUAUCACUCUCUACCAUAAGAAAUAACAACACAGAUUUUGUCCCUAUGUUUUGCAUCUGCCUACAGAGAUAACUUUCCAUAACUGCCAUUUUCAUUUUGGUAUUUUCCCCUUCCUUAUCACACUAUGCACAUGCUCCCUCUUCCAAAUCUGCUAAGAAAGUAUGCUAGCAAUGUGCCUUUACAUGUUUGACAGAACUCUAGCAUGCAUAAGAUCACUGAUCAUUAAAAAAAGGCUGUCUAAACAAAAUCUUCCUUUUUUUUUUUCUUUUUUUCCAGGGUUUAUGCACAUCUUAAUUUGGCUGCACAGAGUCUGCUUGUAUAGUUGCCCCUUUUACCCUUUUUUCUUCUCAUUUUGCCUCCCUACUCUGUAAACGAAAUGGAAAUGGAAAUAUGCCUUUAGGCACAUGAUUUUAAAAAAAAUCACGGAUUUGGAAUGUUUUUAUUACGUAUCAACUGUAGUUAAAAAUACAAAUUUUAUAUUUAGGAGCCUUCGUUGCUGCACAUUUACGAAUCAGAGAUGAACACUCGUCUGCAGACACACUCAUGAGCAAAAAUAGCACGUUCCCAAGUGCUAUCAUUUGGGGAGGCUGUAGUACAAAUUCCCUGGCAGCUGGGAAAGCAGAACAGAGUGCAAGGCAGCACUAACAGAGCUUCUGUGAUAGAGGGGAACUCAUCAUGGCCUUCUAGAAGUCCCACUGGGGGCCAUGUGCUAUUCUUGACAACAGCCUGACCCUACAGGGACACUACCAGACUGGAAUCAGGAAAAUUUCCUAGUGUUGUAGUGUUACGGUGAUUUACUUCAUUCAAGAUGUUCUCAGAUCUUUUUCCUUUAGACAAGUGUGGUUUCUUGUCUAUAGCUUGUUCAAGAAUGGACCAUACCCAUAGGAGUGUGGCACUUGGAAGCCCCACACUGCCAUGUCACACAUUUGAGUGCGUCCUCCCAUAAUUUUAGUUAUUUAGGCACUGCAGAAUUUAGGCACAUGUAGAAUUAAAGCUCACUGAAGAUAGACUGAAUUAAGGAUUCUUGUCUACCCCGUGUAUGUUCUAAGAAACUUGCAAUACAGCACAAUUCAGUUAUACAAACACAUAAUAUAUGCUCAAUAUGCCCUAAAUAACUCUGCCAUGUGUCUCAGAGAAGAUGAAACUCAUCUGUGCAAGAAACUCUCUACUGCUGACUUCACCCAUGAAAAUUUUGGGAGCAUUCCAGCAACAAUGCAUCUAUCAGUCAGUCACCUGUUUCCUUCCUCUCUCCUGCAAGGUUUAUUGCCAGUUCCACCUGUGAAUGUCCCAGCUCAGACCCAUGCAGGGGAGCUCUGCCCUGUAGGCACCCAAGGACAGCGCUCCAGGCAGUGUAUCACAGCAGGCUCUUAGCCCCUUGGACACUUCAGCAAGUCGUGUGGCAGCCUGUUGUGGGGCACUGUGGCUGUCCCUGCUAAGCUUCUGGGUAGCACAGUAACUGAAAGACCUUUGGCUGUGCUCACUCUCCCUUAUUUUUGUUAUAACUAGGGCCAGGUGCACAGCCAGCGCACAGAGAUGGAUUGUUUGUUCCGUGGUGGGUUGUGCCCUCCUUGCAACAUGGUGUAGAUCCCGUCUAGGAGGUAUUUGUGGGGUAUUACAAAAUGGCUUGUGACCCAAGACAGGAAUGGUGAGAUCAUGAGCACUGAGGGACCGCUGGGACUGCAGCUGUUGCCUGUUGCAAUCCCUGUGGCACAGCUGCAUGCAGACAGGAAUGUCUGGCAUGGAGGGAGUGCACCAGUGAGGGGAUUACAGGCUCAUGGAGAUUAAGACAACCACCGAAUAGUUUUGCAUAAGGCUCUUGAGGUUAGCCAGAGGCAACCAUGCAGAUGCAAGUUUUGAACACCAUCCCAGCCCAGAAGUUAGGUGCCAUCACUAAACUGUCACAGGCUCAAAGAGUGGCUGCCUUGGUGUGAGAAGCCAAUAAGCAGUGACCCUGUGGGGAUUUGACAGAAGACCCAGGUAUGAUGAACUAGUGGCAAGUAUGUAAGAUGCUAUUUGCCUCAAGAAGAGUUACUUUAGGUGAGUUGGGCUGAUGGUGGGAAUAUUUGCUUGUCUUGAGGAGUACAUCAGCAGAAAGGAUUGCAGAUGUAAGGUGGCCCCAAGAGCAGGUAACUGAGGUUCUGCUGACAGUGUGUAUGGUGCUGACAUGCCCAGGAAGUCUGGUAUUUACCUGCUUGAGGAGAAGGAAUCUCCUUUUGCUCUGAAGAGGAUAAUUACUUUUCUCAGUGUCUUGUGCCUGCAGUUAGCUGCUGCUUUUUGUGCAUGAAACUGCAUCAUGGGAUAACAGCAACCAGAGGAAGAAAAUCCUAUCACCACUUUGGUUGGUGGAGAGCACAUUUGUCUGACUGAAAGCUAGAUGGUGGUGCCUACAAAGGUGCCAGUGUGCUCAGUGUCUUCAAAUGCACCCAGAAACCGCAGUUUUCCUUUCUGCAGCCGCUUGGUACCACUAUAGCAGGGAGUGCAGUGCUGUGUGAUGUCACUGUUCUUUAUUUUGACACUGUUUAUGUCACCCUGUCAGACUGAAAUAUGGUUAAAAGCUCUAGAUACAGGCCUGUGCUCUUCUUUCUUAGCUAAGCUCUUAGAAACUGGUAUAUUUAUGGGUCAUAACAUUUAAUUAAAAAGUAGAUAAGCAUUAAAAUACCAACAUUCCAAGUGUCUUCAUAACAAUUAAGUGGUACGGAAUAGGCAAGAAAAUUGGGAAGUGCAGUGUCCUUUGUAAGCUGAGCAUCAUGCAGUGAGCAAUAAUGGAAGAGGAGCCUCCAGCAGGGACACUGCCAUCAAACACACAGUCUGUAGAGACAGGAACUCUGCAUAAAAGCUUGUCCUAAUUUGCCUGAUCAAAGCUUCCUGUCAGAUUCAAAUGCAGACCUUCUCCACCUAGGCUCUUUGUAGAGCAAUGUGUGCGUGGUGGGGGGAGUGUUCAAGAGCCUGUUCAACAAGUGCCAAGUGCGAUAUGUUUAAUGCCAAACCUGCUGUGUGAGGUUACAUGUAUGUGCCAAUGUCAAAUAUCUUAAUCUGAGCCCUAAGUACUGAUAUAACUCUUUUCUCAGAUGCACUGUCAAAGUUAGGCGGUGUAUAAGUUCAGUGGCUUAUGGUAUCUUCUUAAUGAAUAUCAUUGCAUUGCAUAUUAACUGCCUCAGCAGUGUCCUUAUUAAAAAUUUAGCUUGCUAUUUCUACAGUAAACAAGAUGAUGUUUGCUUUGCAAUAGAUAACACAAACUAGUUCUUGAACACCACCCCCAGCAAAGACUUGUUUGGGAUGAAUUUGCACAUCAGGGUUCAGCUUUGUGCAGAUUUUCUUUGGCUUAAUAAGGAUUGAAUUUUUGCUGAAGCCUUUUCUUUAGUGAGCCACUAAGAGGCUCUCUUUCCAUUACCCUGCUGCUUAUAUUCACAAAACUUGUAAGAGUUUAAUACCUUUGAGCCAUCUGUCUCUCUUUCAAAUCAGCCAAUUUGUUCAAAAGUUAUUGGUGGAGGUGAUAAGGAGCCUGACACACAAAGGGAGACAGACCAAAAACACAAAGCCAGUGGCUUUUCCUUAGGAAAUCAGUCUAAAUAUUGAUUGCACCAAAAAAAAUCUUACAAAAAAUCUUUGUGGACUAGAUUCCUUUCAUGUAAGUUUCUCCAAGUUUUGAAUUAAAAAUUGGCUUAUGAAAAUAGGUAGAAGAGAAUUUCACCCUAUAAAUGGGAGCUUUCUUCUAUUUUUCAAAUGCAGCAAGAGAGAAAGCCCAAAACAAGGCCUGAGACCAAGAAGUGGUAUUUGUCCAAAAAGCACCUGCUCAGUUAGGGGAACUGUCCAGCUGUGGCAGUGGGAUCUGCUCAGACACCUGCACCUAAUGGACAUGGACAUCUGACUUGCCAGUUCGCAGACCUCUUCUGCAAGGCCAUCAUUUAUAUUUUGUGUUGUCAUAUCUGUCCAGGAGCUCUGGCAUUACCUGUCGAGUUCAAAUCUGCUCACACUGAGUAAGUCUCUUAAAUCAGCUCAUGUCAGCUCAGGGAACAGUGCUAUUGCAUUGCAGCCAGAGUACCAUUGCUUCAGGCUUUCAAUAGUCAUUUGACAAAAUAACUUUAGCUCUUCAAAAAGCUUACAGUAAUGGCUCUAACCCUUAUCUUUGUGCACCGUGUAGAGUUCCACCCAAACAAAGGAGGUUAUGUUGAGCAACUGAGUGAGUCAUUGUAGGUUCCAAACUGAGCAUAGGCUUAGGAACAACAUUUGGUUACAACAGAUGGGAGGAGCACAUGCUAAGAAAGAUAUAACUAUCAGCAAUUGAAAACACAGCAAGGCCAGAGGCAAAUGAUAUGUACAUAUGGCUUCUGUAUGAGUACAUACACAGUAUUUCUUCCACACUCAGUAAUUAAAAAAAAAAUUAAAUAUUGCCUACUGGGAAAUUUAGGUUUCUUACAUUAAAAAAGUGGUAUAUAAUUUCAUUAGAUGGUAAAAUGAGACUAUCAUGUAACAUUUGUCUCCACUUUCCCUAUAAUAGGGAUAAAAUAUUCUUAAGGCGUAAAUAACAAUGGACUUGAGUCAUAACUGAAUAGUUGCUUCAUUAUGUUACUGUACUGCAGCAGGGAAGUCUCCAUGACCAUACGGAAACCCCACACCCAGGGCUGACUAGGAAUGCCUGAUAAUCCCACAAAACAGGUCAGCAAGUGCACUGGUAGUACUCCUGGGUAUCUGAGAAACAGUCUGGUGCUGAAAAAAAUAUCAGAAUUUUCAUUGUGUGUGCUUGUCACAUGGGAUGUGGCUACCAUAGCAAAUACCCUGUAUGUGGAUCAAAUAUCCUGGUCAAAGAUUGAAGCAAGCUGAGGCUUCUUUGCCGCUGGGGCCCCAUGUCAGGACUCUAGAUGCCCAUGCAUUAGGUGACACCCCAAUAUAGACUUUACCCUUUGGGCUGCUUACCUGUUCAUCAUCUCUACACUUUCCAAUUUAUUAAAUUAUGAUACAACACAUUGGAACAGAUACAGUAAGACAGCCUUUCAGCAUUAAAUCCAUUUUGUAAUAGUUUCAUGCCUGGAAAUUCAUUUAAGAUCUUUAUCACUACCCAGGCUGAAUCAGGCCAGAGGCACUGGGCGUAUUUACCCAAGCGCGGUGUCUCAGGCACAGGCAGCCCUCCACACCAGGUAUAAACAACAUCUCUUACCUACCCCUGCAAUGAGCAGGUGCUUUCAUUCAGUGGCAACAGCUUAAUAGGAUUGCAAAAGCUGUACGUGCCAGUCAUCCCAUUGCAGGGUGAUUUCUAAUGACCUGCCUCUCUGUUGUGUCUCAUUUGUGGAAGAAGCCGUCACACAGCUCAUCAAAGUGAAUUUAGCCCUAUUUGUACUUGCCUGUCAACUGUCUAAACUCUUGUUUAAGCAUCUCGCUUAUCACAGCAAGGAGGUACUAAAGGUUAUUGUUGUCCUGUCCUUUUUAAUUAUAGCUGGACAGUACUUUAAUAAAUGGCGAUGGAAGUAAACAAGUUUCAGAGUAGGAAGUGAAGGAUUGUAUUAUGCUGGAGCUGCUACUUAGCAUCCCACAAAUCAGUCAGCUGGUAGCUAUAACAUGUUAAAGCUGAGGACCUGCAUUAGCAGUAGCCUUGUUUCCAAGGCUUUGAUACAUACAUAUAGUCUUUGCUACCUUAUUAAUAUUCACAGGAUGAGAAAAAUAUAGCCAUGAAUAUAUAUCUAGCAACAGACCAUUUUGAAAAGACGCAAAAGUAUUGAUUUCCAUUUUGCAGUGUUCAGUGAUGAUUAAUUUCUCCACACCAGUUGCCCUAAUUAAGUUAAGGCUCUUUCUCCUGAGCAGAUGAUAGCACACCAUACAGGCAGGGGUUUGAUGUGCCAUGAAUAAACCCAGAUCUUAUGCCCCAGCUCCCACCUUUUAGUGGAAGUGAAUAACAUAUAUAUGUAUAUAUAUAAAAUCAGGAUAGACAUGGAUGUUUGUGGUGCUGACACGUCCAGGAGUCUGAAUUAUUGAAAACCUGGGUAAUUAAUAUUUUCUGACAGUGUGUGGUGACUGAGAAACUUUAUGGGGCUUGUUGGCCCCAGGAUCCAGGUGCUGCUCAGGCCAUCCACAUGCUGGGGCAGAUGUAACUACUUUGGGGUGCUGAGCAGAGCCAGAGGCUGUCACAGCUCCUUCAGAGAGGCUGGGGGCAGAACUGAGCAUCUCAGACUGUAAAUUAAGAACUUGUUUUGGAUACUCUGUGUCACUCUAGUUUCCCAGACUAACCCAGUGAGAAAAUCAGGCACCUCAUGGUGUUCUGCAUUACUUUUAUUUCUUAUUUCAUUCCUUCAUGUCUCUGAAGUAGGAUUUUCUUCUAACUUGGAGUAUUCCUUAGAGCUCAGUGAGAACCAGGAAAUAUUUUCCUAAUACUGAGCAAUUACAGAUUUUUUUAAUAGAGGUCCUGCAGAAAAUCAUGUCAUAUGUGUGUCUGGUUUGAGAACUAUUAAAAUGUUUGAAUUUACAUUUACAUGCAUGAAAAUCACCUUUGGACUGAGAUUAAGCCCAGAAAGCAUCAGCCCCAAAGGCACUACCUUGACAGAACUUCUAGGAAAUGUAAAUGAGGGUUAAGAACUGAAUUUGUUUUUGAGCAAUUAUCUUCAAAGCAACUAACACUAAACUAAUCUUCUGCAGAAAGUGAUGAAGCUCUCUUGCAUGGGAAAGACAGGCUGCAAAAUCCUCUGUUAACUGCAGUUGUGUGAUAUGCUCAGUCUUCAGCAAUGGAAAAAUGGGUUGAGAAUAGGCAGGACCACAGUCAGGGGCACUGGCUGGAGACUCGGGUUUGUAGAAGUCUUUCAGCCAAAACUCUUGAGUGAAUCAACGCCUGGUAGGCAGGGCUGCACAGGCAGGCUGGGGGUGGUGCUUUGCCUUUGGAGUGUGAGGCUCUUCUCUGACGCCUUUUCCCCUCCCAGGAUGAUUUAAUUCAGGUUUGAGCAAGUAAUGUCAGUGCCCAAACUCAUGUUCAGACCCGUGUCCAAAUCAUUCUCAAGCGCUCUGAUGAGCCAUUUGUGUGAAAAAUGACAGGCUGGGAGUUCUGCCUUGUAGUGCGUUAUUAGAAACAAGUGGAAGGAAGGGAGUGUCCCCUGCUUUCAAGAAGAGAGAGGCUUCCUUCAUGUUUUACUCAUCACUGAAGAUUUAUUAUAUUCAAGAACUGCUAUUUCUUCUUACUCUUCAGCUUUGGAAAACUACAAUGCUACAUUUUCAAAGCCAAUUUAGUUCUUGUGGUGUAGAGUUUAACAGAGCAACUCUGUUAGGGACGUCUCUCUGCAAGAAGUAGUACUAAUUGGAAAAACCUGGAAAUCUUUCUUAAAUUUUAUUUCAUGUUUAUAAUAAGAAAGUGCUAAAUGUAUAUAAAAAGGCAGAAAUCCAAAAUGUAAUGGUUAUAUAUCAUUUGAAUGACAAUAGUAUGAGUUAUAAAUAUAUGAUUGCUUUUUAAAUAUAAUAGAAUUGUGCUUCUUGCAAAUUAGGCAAUUGAAAUGUGAUUAAGGAGCUACUGCAGUUUUUUAAAAGCCUUCUUGUUACAAUAAGAAAGAGAAAACAAAACUUCGUGCUUGGUUUCAUUUUAAGGGGUAAUCAGCAAUUAGAAAGUUGAAGACAAGUAGGUACCCAGCUCUGUACCUAUCCUGGCAGUAUAGUUGAGCACUCAGAGCACGACAGACUCAUUUUUAUCACCAGAGGAAGAAAAUUAUAGCCAUAAACUGUUCUUUACUGGAGGCAAAAUCACGAUUUGUUGCUGCAUCUUGGUGUCUCUGGUCCUGGUCUCAGUGCUGCCCCCUUUCCCAGGCAUCUGGCAGUAAGUGAUUUGUAAGUUUCAAUUAAGUCACUAUAAAAAAUGAGUAGCUUGAGGGCACUGGUUUAUUACUGGUAUCCAACUCUGUUUUCAUUUACUAAAUGACAUUCUGAAAGCUUCUGUUCUGAACAUAAUCACCUUAGGGUAUGCACUGAGCACAGCCCUGGAUGAUUCAAUUAUUUCUGAAUGCUCUUCUCUCCCCAGAACAUAGGGCUUCGCACAUUAGCAGCAUGUUUAGUGUUUCACAGUUGUUCUCUUUGCACUCAUCAGGGUUUUCCCAGGAACAGGCUGGAAGUACACAACUUGCUGCUGCUUCCUGAAAACAUGUAACCGUUAUGUCUCUCCUCAAAGUAGCUUACUUCCCCAGAUGAGUGUGUUAAAGCUGAUACUUUUUGCUUGUUUCUUUCUUUCUUUCUUUCUUUCUUUACAACUGUGCUUUCCCCUUACUGUUUAUGAAACCUUUGCAUACUUUUCAUAAAGUUUAAUUAUGGAAAUUUAUAGGAUAUGCUUUGUCCACAUGACUUGUGAGGUAAAAUACAGUUUCCACAAAGUUUUCUGGGAAGCUGCUGUGGAGAAUCAUAAUCACUAUCAGCAUGUGCUCUUUCCAAAGCUGUUCCAUAUUCUGCUGGACAAAAACAAUCCAGACCAAGAGGUGAAUCAUGAACCUUAGGACUACAACAAGUCUGCAAUUCACAGAUCAGAGCUGUCAAUAAAAUUGCAGAGCUGUGACAGUAAGUUAUAUAAAUGACAGGAAAAUGCUGGAAAGAAAGAACAUGUCAAAGCCCACACAUCUUUUCUGAAGGGACAUCAGGAGUGAAUGUGUUAACAAGUGCUAAACUUCAAUAUUUUUGGUUUUAUACAAUUUUUCAAAUUUCAGUUAAUUUCAUAGGCAAUUUCUGAGCAAUGGGACAACAGCCACUGGCUGAACUGCCAUGUAUUUGAGGGUUUCCUCAAUCAUUAGUGAACAUCAGAAAUGUGCAUAUUAGCUAAGUCCCUUAUCAGUAGUUAUCCAGUGUAAUUCUGUGCACUCCUCUCUCCUGACCCCCCAGCUGAUGUGGGUCCAUUGCCAGUACUAUCCAUAUCUCUGAAUGGGCAUUUACCCUUCCUGUCUAAUCUAGGUACACAUGCUUAAAGCAAGUUUGAAGUCUUUUUGCCCUCUGCUCUGUUACUCAACACUUCAGCCACCUCAGCUGCCCCAGUUCAGUCCAAAUACACACACCAGAGUAGCACUAGGCACACUGGUAUUUCAGUCUCUCAGACUUAAACUCUCUCAGGCCUUUUGUGGCUGGGACAUGUGAUGGGCAUGAAACUUUUGGUGAAAUCUUGCCAUAUUUGACAUAUUCUGGUGAACCAACCUGUCUUUCAAUAUCUCAGCUGGUGAACUGCUGAGGAAGCCAGAGCUGCCAAAGUCUCUUGAGCUGUACAGGGCCAAGUUUCCAGAUUCCCUGUGCCCUAUUCCUGAUUUUGGAAAUCAUGGCAAAGGCUUUCCUAUGUGCAGCUCAGGGCACUUCUGUUCAUAUGAGGGUCUUCUGAGUUCAUGGACUCAAGAUAAGUGACCUCAAAACACCUCAGAACUGCCAAGCUUGGAGCUCAUGACAAGUGCUUGCUGCUCCUGGUGUAGCUGUUGUCAAUGACCUGGUCUUGAUUUCAUAUCAAAGAUUGUGUUGUUGCAUAACCCUUCCUUCAGCUGGAAAAUCAAGAGGCAUUAGCAAAGGCCAGAGCCAAGCACUCUUUUUCUGGUAUUUCUGAGAGGUGAAUAUGUUAUAAUUUCAUUUUGGAAGAAAAUUUAGAAAAAUCCCUUUGAUCCUACAGAAAGUGCAACUGAAUUUCUGCAUGUCCUGCAUGUUGCAAGUAGUGCAGACACGUAAUUUUCCCAGUUGGUCAACAAUGCCAGAGAAAAUGGAAGAACAGGAUAAAUCAGUAUCUGAGAGCCUCAGGACCAACAAAAGCUUACAGAAGGUAGAAGCAGAGAUGGCCUUACUGAAGACCAGAAAAUCCAUCUCUUUUUUUACUAUUUUCUAACUUGAAAAUAGAUUUUUAUUUAUAAAAGAACAUGAAUGGCACACUAAUUCCGAAAGGACAGAUGUUUCCAUCCACUCAAGCUUGACAAACAAAGCUGUAUUACAGUUUAACUCAUAUUGCUUCUGUAGUGCACGUGCUGUUGGAAUACAAGAGGAAGUUAAGGCAUAAAAUAUCAAUUCAGGCUUUGUGAAGGCAUUGCUAAAAUCUUGCCAUCUGUGUAGGGGUCAGGUUUAAUAUUUCUUCCAUCUGCAAUUCAAUGAACUGGUACCUAUGCAAAUCUGAUUAAAUCAAAGGGGUAGUCACUUCCAAUUAUUUUUAUUAAUGACCAUGGAUAAAAUCACUGUAAACAUAGAGUUUCUGACACUUAAUAGAAAGGUUUGACCUUGUAAAGCUUAAACCCAUUAGUUCAUUUAGCUGGCCUCCUGUCUAUCUAAUGUGUUGAAAACAGAAUUUGGUUGUUUAGCUUCAAUAUCCUUCCCAGAAACUUACCCUGUAUUGACUAGGAGACAAAAAUUUUAAAAAACAUAAUGUAUAAAAAUCAUUUGCUUAACUUCCAAUUUGAAUUUGUCUGUCCUUACAUUUCAGACAUUUUUCUUGUGCUUUCUUUCUGUAAUGAAGAGAUUUUCACUCUCAGAUAUUACUACAUUCUGAUAGAACUAUUUAUCAAGUUUGAGUUUUUUGGAUAGGCAAAAUUACUGCUCCUCACUGUACUAUUACUUAAUUCAGUAUGCAAACAAUUCCUGUAGCUGUUUUUUAAAACCUCUCAAUUUUAAAAAAAAGGAUGUCAAAUCUGUCCCUAACAUCCUUGCCUGUUUAUUAUUUCCCUGCCAUAUCCUUAGGGAUCAAAUUACACAGCAUUUCUUUCCACAGCAUUACACAGCUAUUUCUUCACCCAGACCAUUUUGGAAUCAAUGACUUCAUGAUCACAUCACCUUUUCAAAGGAUGCAGUCACUCACCUGAAGAAGGAAUGAGUUUUACCUCCUAAGGGCAGGGGCUCUCCAGCUGGAUGGAGGGCAGGCAAAUGCAGCAAAGUUGCUGAUUAUGGGGAAGAAAAUUGAUUCUAAGGAAAGAUUUAAUAUCCUUUUGUGGCUGUCCUGGGGCACUGGUUUGGAUUUUGGAGCUGGCAGUUCAGCAGUGUUGAAAUGGAGCAGCAGGAAGCACAAGGAGUUUUAGCACAAGGGGUUUUGGGUGGGAAGUAAGCAGCAUGUGCCUCCUUUUUGUUGGGAUGAUAUCCUGUGGGGUUUAUUGCUGACAGUAUGGGCACACAGUGAUACUGCCCUAAAAGUGCUUCUAUCAUAUUUUUAGUAUAUUUAUAGUAACUUCAAUGAAAAAAAAAGGUGCAUUUUAGGUGAAAAAUCUCUUUCACAUACAUUCCAGUCAGAGUCAGCCUCUUGAAAAUCCAUUUAAAGAGAAAAUCAUGGGCCUCUGAAAAGAGAGGCAGGAAAAUCUUAAAAGCACGAAAUUCAGUGAUUUGGAAUAAAGGAAGCUUAAAACAGACAACAUCUGUUGUUUUCAAUCCCAUGGGAUUUUCUGGUUUGUUUUUGUUUUGUUUUGUUUUGUUUUGUUUUCCAAAUCCCAGCCCUUAAUGAAGAGCAAUGUCAGAUUUAGAAAGGAAAAAAAAUGAUUUAUACAAAAUUAGAAAUGUGUCUGGAAAUCUGAAAUCCUAAAGGAUGUAAGCCAGUGUCUGCUCCAGAUCUGUCUUUGCUAAUGGAGAGAGGUCCAAGUAUUGUGUCAUCACAACAGUUUACAAGUGCUAGCAUAUAUUUAAUCAGUCUACAAUGGGAUAAAAAUUUGUUGGAGAAAAAGAAUUUCAGUUUAAUUUUAAUGGCCAAAGCCGAAUACAGAAUUGGACCCAGAGGCUAACUGGAAUUGCUAUGGCAUAUACAAUAGCAUAGGCUGCUUAAAAUAGUUCUGGGAUAACACAAUUUCAGGGAAAUGCAAAAUGUUUCAAAGAAUAACCAGGGUUAUUAAGAUUUUGCUAGAAAUAGCUUUUUAUAGUCAACAGGUGUUUUAAUGCUAUAUUUCAGCAUACUAAAUAGAUGCAUAUGUAAACCACCUUCUAUCAAAAUGACUUCUGAUAUAAACUUUGUUUUCCUAAAGUUUUGGAAAACUUUAAAACAGUUCUGAGAUAUUGAAUCAACAUACCAAUGUCUUUACAAUCUAAGAGCUGGCACUGCAGAACUCUUCAAGUAUCCUGUGCUUUCUACUUCUUGUGUUAGAAAAGGAAGCAUAAAGGGAAGGAAUCUGAAAAUAGCUACAACACUAAACACUUUCUGUUGCUGUAGGUAUGGGAGUAGCGUGUUGGUAGUAUAAGUUCAUCACAUGCAUUGACAUAUUUUUGUACAUUGUGCCAUGAAGCCAGACAAGGAAAUUGCUGAAUUAUAUCACAAACAAUCUGAUCUACAAACAAACUGACCUGCUAUGCAGAUUUCUGGCUUAAGAGAAGAAUUAAGUUGAUUGUGUGAAAUAAACCUGAGCUUUUUUCCACAAGUGCAUCCCUGAAAACUUAAAUUCUAUCCUGUGUUUGAGUAGAAAUUCAUACACCCUUAACUCUGUAAAGGUAACCCAGGAAAAAUCUUUGGAUGCCUUGUUAGCAGUUAUCUUGAUUAGAGGGAUUUGUCUCUUAGUUUUCGCUAUUCCUUGCUCAGUAAGUUGCACUGAUCACAAGUGCCACCAAGCCAACUAAUCUUCCUCAUCUGAAAAUCCAAUUACCAUUCUCUUUUAAGUCACAUACCUUGCCUAUGUCCUUUGUUGCUGUUACAGCCUUUCAGCUGGCCUUCAGAAUGCAGUCCCAUUUCAGUUACCUUCUUGCACAGGGCUUUGGCAAUUCUGAUGUGUCGACUCUCCCUGCCGGCUGCCUUGACAUUCACACAGCACUGGAGCUCUUGUGCACACAUUUGCAAAGACCUGUAAACUGCAGGUCAUCUUAACCUUAGGGAACCUUCACUGUUUGCUGUCCAGAGGUACACAGCUGAAGCUCCAUGUCAUAGCGAAAAAGAUUUUGAAGGAUGACUGCGUGGCCUUCUCAGAGCUGAUGGACCCAUUGCAUUUCACUCCCUGAAAAUUGUGCAGGAAGGACCAUGAAACAGAGCUCUUUGCUUAUAGCCUCCCUCUUCCCCCAGUAAUUAUAGUCUUGUUUGCCAAGCCAAAUGAGGACCUGGCGGGGGAAAUGCACGUGGUGCUAAACAAGUCCUUCCAUUUGCACAUAUGUACUGUUACAUGUCUAUGGCAAUAAUAAUUCUAAUUUGUCCAUGAGCUGCACUGAGGAGUGCUUUCAAGAUACACAUCUCUCUUAAGCUCCUUCACAGAGCCUUUACAAACAGCAUGUGUAUGGAAAGAAUUCAGCAGCUCUGGAGUGCAUCACAGAUACGUUUGUUAAAGCAGUCUGUGUAUAGUGGUUUUUUUAGUGGAUUAUUAAGUAAUGAAAAACUUACUCAUGUAACUUCAGCUCUGAUUUCCAUUCUUAUUAAUGCUGCUAACACAUCUGAUACAGCUGAGUUGCAGUUGUACAAGGGAGGAUUAGCUUGAUUCCUAGCUUUAUUAAUGAUGCUGAUACUGUUAUUUUAUUAAGGUUCUUGUUAUUUUUGCUUAUCUUGGAUGGCUCUGAGAGGUUUUUUAUGCAGGUAAAAAGAAGGGGCAUGAACUCUGUGGUAAAUCCACUGACUCAGUUUAAUAUUGACAGCUUUAUCUGGACUUAAGCCAGUGUAUAUAGGAUCCAAAUCUGAGCUGACUUCUGACUGUGAGCACGUAGGAAUUUUACUCUUUUUUUUGUGAAUUUGGUAGUGUUUCAAUGUUUGCUGUAGUCUCGUAAGUCUAGAUGGUUUAAGGUCCAUUCACUGUGUGAGCUGGCCAUCUGCUCUCAGUAAUUGCAAAUUCACUUCCAGUAUAAAUGAACUGUUCCUGUGUUCUUGCAUUUCUCUGAAAUGCCUCCGGCAACUGCUCCUUCCUCACAUGGAAAAGUCACAGCAGCUGUGGGAUUCACAAGGACCUCAAUGCUUGUGUCUUGCUACACUUCUGGCAGCAAACCGCAAAGUGCAAAUAACUUUUCUAACUGCCUAAUAACUGCAAACCCAUUAAGUGUAAAUUCUGUGACACCAGAAAAAAAACCCAACCAAACCACUUGCUUUAAAAGAGCCUUUAAUGGGAUUAGAGACUGUAUGAACACCUGGGGUUGCUCUCAGGGCUAAGUAACUGGAACACGUUAGAGAUAAGGACCCAGCUUUUCCUUGAGUGUUGGCCAGCAGGACUGCAAGCUGCCCAGUGGAGCUGGCACUAGAAGUGGGAGGUGGGGAUGUGGUUCCACAUCUGCAGGCACCCCCCUCCCUCAUAGUUGCCUUCAUAAAGUGGAAGAAUACUCAUGCUACUUCCCACAUUUUUCUUUUGCCAACAAACUUCUGUUUUCUUAACAAAAACAACAACAAAAAAAUUGUCUUCAUGAAUGCAGACAGAUCUGUCUUAAAUUUAUUUACUCUCCUUUGAUAAAGGACCAGUCCCAGCAAGAGCCCCAGACAGUGCUCGGCACACUGCUCCCAGCACACUAGUUUGGUGUGCAGGAUGUGCUGCACCCUUCACAAAGUGUGUGUAGGUCUCCUCCUGCUCUGGAGCUGCUGCCACAGCAUGAGCUCUGCUGUGGCAUCCCUGCAUGCUGCAUCAGUACAAGCCAAGUGCCACAGCUCAAGGAUCCCCAUCACACCGUGCUGGGAGGGCUGUCAGCCCCAGCCCACCAGGGCAAGGGGCAUCAACCCUCAGUCUCCUGCACUGAGGUACUUACCAACAGCUGCCACUAAAUAUCCUUAUGAAAUGCAAAAGCCUAAACCCUCUUCUUCCCCCCUGAACUGCUCGAGGGUUACACUUGAACACAAACUACCUGAUCACUAGUUUCUUGUAAGAUGGCCAUCCAAGGGCGCAGUGGCACUCACAUUUUGCAUCAUGCCUUAAUGCUUUUGAGAUGUCUGACAGCAACCAGAAGGUACUUAAACCCACAUUCCCCAGCCUUAAUAGAAUGUUUCACCACAAGGUUGCCAAGUACUUGAAAGCAAUACAAGACAAAUAAAUAUACAUCUUUACUGAGGUCAUUGGUUUUUAUUGGGCUGCCCUGAAAUGUCAUUUUAGGAAUUGAUUGACACUUAGGCUGUUUAAUGAUCUGUAGCACAAGUGUGGAACAUGACAGAGGUUGCAGAAGACACAAAAGUGUUUAACUAAUCCAGAUAGCAGAACAUAAAGGAACUUAAAAUGGGACAUAAUUAAGCUAGGUAUGCCCAGCACAGAUGAAGUUCAACAUUGCAAAAAGCAGGGCAGUCAAUAGCUGGGAAGAAUAAUCUGAUCUACAUUGACCCUUUGUAGUUUUCUAAAUAGCCUGUCACAAGCUUUCAAGAAGACAGUUAGAUGUGAUUUCCAGCCUUAGGCUCUGGCCAUGUAAGGGCCAUGUUCCUGUGCCUCCUGUGGAAGUCCAGGUUUGAUGUACUCCCUUAGAGCUCAGCUCUGGGCACGUCUCCUCUCCUAAUUUUCAUCUGUUUCCCUGUGUCCCUCACAGAGGGGUAGGAUAUCAUCUGUGAAUAACCAGCAAAGCCCCGCUUGCAGUUAAACAGGAGAAAUUGAGUAUUGCUUCUUUUUGUUAUACUACUCCUAUGUAUUUCUCAGUACUGAGAAACACUCUCAGAUUUCUUCCCCACAAACCAGCUUCCACGGUGUUUUUCUGUGCACAUGUGUUUGUUGCUGCAGUUCUCCAGCAAAUGCUGCUCAUUAAACCCUCCUCACGCUUGGCAUCCUUUCUGUUGACUGCUGCAGCUUGCCAGGCUCCAAUGAGUGAUGUUCAAAAAGCACAAUUAAUUUUAAAAGUAACCCAUUAAAUUUGGCUGCUUAUUGUUUACUUUGGGCUUGUCACAGAGGAGUGGCUUCCCUCCAGCCAGCUGUAGCUUCUCAUUUUUCUGAUCACCCUCCUCGUCCAUCUCCUCCUCAGGUUUCCAGUUGUUGGUGAGCAGAGCCGGCCACCCACAGCAGGUCCUGCUGCUCCCACUGGCCUGCCAGGGCUGAGGUGCCUCGCUGCUCUGAGGGGGUGUUAAGAUUUUAACGUCAGAAGAAAAUACGUCUCAUUUUUUGGUGUUUCCCAUUCCUCAUCAUCUCUUGGCUGGAUUGUGAGAGCUGGGCCGGGGCAGGCGUGAGAGCUUCACGGCCUCUAGUGGGCAAGGGCCAGAGCUGCAGGCCUCGCCAGCCGCUGCCAUGGAAAACACUCUUUUCGUAGUAAAUGGGGAUGUGUUUGCCCUGGUUUCCGAUGUGGACAAGGCUUGUGCAAACACUCCCUCUGUGUGCGCUGCCUCCACGCCCUCGGCGCUCCGGAGCCUGAUUGCAGGUUGAUUUGACUGAGGUGCGGGGAUUUCACAACCAGUGCCUCCAGCGUUUGUGUCAAUAGGUGUGCCCGUGCCAAGGGGGAACUUUAACGUGUUUUCUAACAGCAGGAUUAUUAUUGUGCAACUUCACACAGUACAAGACACCAAAGAGAAUGGCAUCAGAGAGGGUUUGCAUGUAUGGGAAAAGCUGCUUUGAAAUCCCUUGUGAGUCGCAUUUGUACAUGUGCCCACAGAAAUCCUGACCUUCAGUUUUGUUUGAUAAUUUGAUUAUUAGAGACUUUAAAAACAUGUCUUUUCCGUGACACUGUCAGAUAGUCCUGCUAGGAAGGAAGAGGGGAGACUCCAUAUUGCUGGGACUACCCAGACCAUCACAGCACACUGCCUGCUUUGUUGCUUAAAAACCUAAACUGGUGCUUGAAAGACCCAAAUAUUGUAUUUUCUUUCUGGUUUUAGCUUCCCCAUUUAGACUGGUUUGUAACAGCCGUCAUUAAAUGUAGCAAAUAAAAAUGAAGCUCAGAGAUGGAUUCUUCAUCAGAGUUCAGAGAAGCAGUUUCCAUAUGUCAUUAGGAGCAAAGGAAUUAAUUCAGACCACUUAAAACUUUCCUGCAAAGUGGCUGCACAUGUGAUACCUUUUCUUUUCUUUGUUUUCGCUUGGCUGUAUUAAAGAUGGGAGAAAAGAUAUGACUGCAGGCUCACUUUGGGUUAAUCCAACAAGCAGUGCUUCAAGUGAACAAAUGGAAAUGUGUUGUCUCCUUAAUCACGGCUUGCUUCUUGCAACAUUUUUGUUUGAAAAUCUCUUUCUCAAGUCACAGGUUGAAUGCCUUGGUUUACUUAGAGCAUCCAAAAAUAUUUUUUAAAUAUAGUGAGAUGGAUUUAGAUUGAAGUUGUAGGAAGUUGAUCUGUAAGUGUUACUGAAGUGGUUAGAAUGGGAUUUUCAUUUUAGAAGAACUUAUUUCUCAUGUGUUGCAAACACUUGAAAUGACAGAAUUACUGGUAAUGACUUUUCUGAGUUCAUACCACAAAUGCCAAGCCAGAAAAGACUGAAAAUGACUCACAUGGAACCAUUCUGCUUUGUCCUUGGAUACAGAGUAUUUCACAGAGGUUUUUUUUACCCUCUCUUUUUUCCUAGAAGUGAUUUUUGAAAACAAAACCACAGUGUGGCCUUUUAGUGCUAGGAAGUCUUUGUUGCUUUUGCCAAGAGAGUUAGAGAAGGACAAGACCAAGUGUGGCAUCAUUUGCCAAAUGUGGUAUGCAGAAAUAGGUCUAAUUGGGACCAUCUUAGGAGGUAGUAGCGUACUGUAAGUUAAAUCAAGUAUUGCUGUCUCCAACUCUCUGAAAAAUCGUUUCUUUCUGUUCCCUUGUACUAAUGCUCUUCAUUUCUAAAACCCAGUAGUGGCCUCUGACUUGGCUGCAUUGGUUGUAAAUGAUAGUCUCACAUGUCUGGGUACCUUCCCAGCACUGACAUACAUAAUCAAGAUCCUUGUAUCAAAUCUCACUUUGCAGGAAAUUACUUUGGGAGAAUCCAUCAUCUUCUUUGCCCAAAGCUGCAUAAUGUACUGCCAGUUUUUGUUUUUCUUUCAUUUUUCCCCCUCUGUAAAUCAUGCUAAAAGAUCUGAAGGAUGAUGGUAAUAGAAAUAUGAUUAGUGAAGUUUUUUGUGCUUAUGUGUGUUGAAAGAAAAUGAAUUUGUCAAUAGCAUAACUGACCAAAGAAGCAAAUGUCAGAUUUUUUGGAUUUCUGAAAGGUCAGGAAGACAAUGUUUCAUACCUCAAUCAUGCUGAGUUUUGCUCAAAAAGAAUCUUUGCAUGUUUAAAAAAUAAAUUUUAUAUUGUGAAAUAGUCACCAACCAGACUCAUUUGCUUUCUCUUCAGUCAGUGUGAAGAUGAGAGAAUCACAUGCUGAGGGGCAUCUUUAACAUAGAGAAUUCAUGCCCAUUUCCCCUAAGUGAUUGUUCAAAAUAAACCUCUGCUGUCCUGAUUUCAGCCUGUUAAGCUUCAGAGCAGUUCCUCAGAUGAGUUGUAAGCAUGUUUUUCUCCUGAUGUUUGAGGCAGGGAUGUGCAGAAAAACUUUGCUUUUUCUUCUUGGUUAGGGACAAUUUUCUCCUGUGAUAAGAAGAACUGUUUUUAAUUUUAACAAAUCCCACCUUAAAAUCUCUGAGAAAUGCAUGAUACUAUGUGAGAGGUGUGAAUGGAGGUGGUUUUGUUGCAGAAGGUCUUACGUAUAUGGGUGUGUUUUGAAAACUUCUUAUUUUCAGUGGAAGUGAAAGAGGAGAUGCUGGGACAUUUGUUUCCUCCCAAGCUCCAGUUUGCAGUAGUUAAGAUAGUAAAAAACUUGUAUCUGGAGAGCUGCUUUGUAGAGAACUCUGCUUGUCUGAUUUCCUAAGUAUGGCUAUGAAUUUUCGCAUGUAAGUGCUGAGUUCCCAUAGGGUAUUUAGGCCUAACAUCCUUCACUCAACAAUUAAACUUUCUGUGAAGGGGCUUUCAGGUGCUGGGAAUGUUCUGACCAUAAUUUUAAAAUGUCUGAAUUUAGAUGCUGUUAUUUAUUUCUGAUCUGCAAAUGUAUUUUGGACAGGCCUUAAGAAAAUUAGCAUCAGUAGUACAUCAACUUUGAGAUUCCAUAUAUCCUAUGGAAUUAUCUUGAUAUAUUUGACAUAGUCUCAGAUCCUGUUUGCUCAUAAAGAGAUGUUUGGGAAGAUAGCAGUCUAGUCAGAUAAAUUACCUGAAAUAGUCACAGACCUGGCAUUGAGAUUUGAUGGUGAUAAAUCUAUACUUAGUCCUGUGACACAGUCAGCUGCUUUAACUACAGCUGCUGUGAGAGACAAGAAAUUUUACCCUGGGCAGUGACCAUACCUGUUACAGAAACUUCAGCAGUCCCACUAGAGCAGCAUUUGGAAGGAGGCCCUUAAAGUCUUAGGCAGUACAGGAUGUGUUCUCGGCCUUUUACUGCUCCCCAAGCCAGUGGUGCUCUAGCACUUGGCUGGGUAUUUGUGGAACACUCUGUUUCCAUAUGUAUUAGUGCUUGAAACCAUUAAGUGUUCCACAGCUCUUUUACAAGAGGAGUAAUUACAUCCUGUUGGCAGAAAUUACUCCUGCUGUUUAAUUUGGAAACCAUAUUCUUUGCUUCCAGCCUUGUGUUGUUACACAGCAAAGAGUGGCUGCAUUUUCUGCCCAGGGUGGUAGCACUUCUCUCUGACAUGUGCAUGGGGGAUGAUAACAAUGGUGGUGCUGUCCUUCAGGAUGACAUUUCAAGUUUGUCUGUGAACAGGUUAAUUUUAAAUGGUGCAGGCAUAUAGAUUCAGAAAUCCAACUUUUAUUUACAGCAACAAAAAUAUCUUUUCUAGCUCUCAUUUCCCCGCAUAAGGGAUGCUGGGCCAGUCCCUGGGUGCACUGGGUCUUGAGGCAAAUGCUGAUGCUGAACUUUUCUCUCUUACUCUGUCCUUUUAAAGCUUUUUAUGUUCAGAAGGAAACUAGCACUGCAGAUUAUUAUUGACUACUAAUGGUGUUUUUAAUUACUGAUUUUCAGGACACUCAAUUAACUUUCUGCUGAAAACAAGGAUUUUUUUCCUCCCUUGAAGCAAGCCAGUGAUUCAUAUUUUAAUAUAAGCUUCUUAAAGUUUUGACUCAUGCAGCAAUUCCAAGAAUUUUUAUUUUGACUCUUUGAAGCAUUUUAACAUACUAAUGAAAUACAGUGCCUCUGUCAUCUGCAAAGUGAACCUCAUGUUAAGCAGAGCUUGCCAUCAUUGAGGCAUGGCAUGUGCCAUUUUCAGGGCCUUUGAGAUUCCUUGUCACACAGUGUCCCCAUAGCGGGAGCGUACAGCCACACUGGCCCAGGCCCAGCCUGCAGGAGCGCAGAGGCGAGGGGGAGGUGCCGCUGAACAGAGCGUGGCACUGCUGGUCCUUGGGAAGGGAAACAUUGGGAAGCAGAGCUUGCUGAAGGGUUUUGGAAUCAGGAUGGAGUUUAUCAGCUGAUCAGUUCCAUCAAAACAAAGGGAAUGGCAUUGGGCUGGGCUCUGGGAGUCCCUGCUUUGCCCGUAGACAAGCGGGAGAUCAGCAGUCCUUUGGUCGCGUGAUGAGUAAAGCAGAGAGGCGCUGCUUGGCUUUCAUAAGUGAGACUCAAGCUGUAGAGUCCAGAGCUGAAAAACAUUUAUGUUGGCUAUUAAAAGGGAACACAUGUGACACAGAGAUAUGCCAUGUUAACUCCAGAGAUUUUCCAGCAGAAGAAAGACUAAAUGAGGACCAAGUGUAAAUGAGAGAGGUUUUUCUGAAAAGUAAGUUAGGUAAUGCAUACUUUGAUUCUUCAAAUAAUGUGUUUGAUUUAAAAUGAAAAGGUGUAUGGCUUUCUCAUCAGGUGGAGAUAGCACAACUGUCCUACUUUACAAUCACAAUACUAAAUGAAUGACAAAUAGUUCAGGAUCUCUUUGGGAAAUGGCAGUCAGAGGUAAGAGCAUGUGCUGCAUGAGAGCUACCCAGGAGAAAAUCCCCCAGUCAACAUGUUAUUACAGUUUUCUAUUUUAGAUAGGAUGUUUUCAAUUUGCUUUUUUAUUUUGAUUUUGCCUCAAAAUAUCCAUAUUGAUUCAGAGUUUCAAAUAGCAAUAACCCAGUAUUAUUUUUCCUUUCCCCCUUGUCUUCUUGCUGAAAGUGAUGCAGCGCUUCAUGUUCCCUCAUCUCUAUAACUUAUCAAAUUCCAUCAUCUUUAGGAGAAAAUAUGAGAAAAGUAUGUUUCGAAGUGAAACCUGAAAACAGGGUUCAUCUGUUCCUGGUAGCACAAAGUAAAACCUUUACCUCAAGUUCUCCUCCAGAAUCUGCCAGGAUUAGCAGAGGACAUGCAAUAGGAAAGUGGGAUGAAAGGAAGGGGUCAUGCAGUGGGGCACUGGCUCCACGUGCCCUUCCUCUGCAGGCAGCUCAGUUUGCAGUUGUACCAUGGUUAUCAGUGGCGUGGUAGCGUGAUUAGGGAACAGCAGCAGGAAAUGCUUGCAAAAUCUGGGAGGUUGGCAGUUGGGAGCAACAGAGGAGAUCAAAGGCUUGAGUGCCUUUGCAGACUGGAGAAUAAUUGCAAGUCACUCCCGAAAUGUAGGCAGGCAGUGCAGCCUGGCCAUUGGGUCUGUCUGGCAGUGUAUUCCCAUGGGAGAGGUGAGUCCAUGGCACAGGGGGGCACAUCUUCAACGCUGCACUCAGUUCUCGUUCCCUGUGAUCCAGCGCCCAUUCAGCUGGCAUCAGGGGAUUCAGAAAAGCUGUUGGAGGGGAAGUGGCUUGUUUUAUCAAAGGAGACUAAAACAGGAGGGCUCUGCUGUAGUCUCCAGAAUCCAAAGAUCUCCUUCAACUGGGGGCAACAAUGAGGAGAACUUGAACUGGAGGACCCAAGUGUAGCUCAGCUGUGGAGAAGUUUCAGCUGAAAAUGGAUGUUCAGACUAUUGGAGAAAGAAGGCUGCAGGGCAGUGGCGCAGAGGAUCUGUAGGCAGACACAAGUGCUCGUCUUCAUGGAUAAGCAUCUUCAUCUUGCUCACUUUUCCAUCAGUGUCCUCGUACCUGUUGUUUCUUCUCAAAAAACUCAAGACUUUCCCACAUCUGUCUAGUGUCUCAUGCAUUCUGUCUUAGCAAAGCAAAAUCUGACAGUAAGAGGAAAUAAUGUGUUCUUGAGUACCUGAGAGUUUUAAGAUGCAAAAGGCAAGGUUUUUAAUAAUUCUGUUUACCACAUUAUAGGCAAAUACAUUGCAGUCAGAGUGCCUUUAAACUGUUAAAAGUUUUCCCAGACAAACUCAGGGUAGAAGGCUUGACAUAUUAAAUAUAUACAAUUCCCAAAAAGAGUUCAGGGCCAAGCCAGCAUGGUUGCAUGGAGAAGUCUCAGCUCUUCUAGUUACAAGUCACUGGAGGGAAAUGGCAAGUUAUUUAUUCCUUCUCCUUCCCUUUCCCAGUGCAGUUAUGGAGAGCUGAAACCAUUUGUGAGCUAGGUGUGCCAGCAGGGUCUCAGCAAAUCUCACACCCAUCUCCAGGUAAGGGGGAAGUGAAGGCUGCAUAAAAGUGACAGGAGGAACUAUCCUGCUAUCCUUCAUCCCUGGGACAACAUCUGUACUACCAAACAAGGGAGAGUGAGGGAUCCCACAGCCAGGGAACACAGACAGACUCAUGUUCACGCUGCUUAGCAAGAAGUUGGUAGAAGAGGUCCAGAACAGGGAUCAACAAUGCAGGGGAUUGUUUCCUGGGAACUUAGCUCAUUCCCUGGUCUUGGGUUCAGUCAUACUGGUCUGCUGUAGGGCUUCAUUCACAAUUAAUAGUGUGGCCCAAUUAAAGAUUUGCAGAGAGAAAAAGUCCUGAUAAACCAUCAUCUAUGCUAGCACAUUUUGCUGCCUUAUUGGGGAUUUACUCUAGUUUGAGCCUGUGAGCUGAGCACUCCGUGGUGGUAGCAGCAGAUCUUCCCUUUCAUCCCCGAAGAACUCAGUGCACUUGGUAGAGCUAAACCACAUGGAGGAUGAUGUAUAAUAAAUAUAUUUAUUUCCACCUGCAGCAAACAUUUUCUUGUUAUUCAGGUGAUGGUCAGCAAUCUCAGGGCAGAGAAAGAGCAAAUCUUGCCCUCUGUACCAUAAACAUGACUCCAGACAUUAAACAAAAUGCUCUGUAAAAGUCCUUGGAAGAUAUCCAAUCUAUAUAGUGCAUGUCACACCAUUGUAUUGAGUAUUUUUUCUCUUUGGAAACCUUUGCUAGAGAUUUAAAAUUCUGUUAUUAUUCAACUGGAUAUGUACUACUGAUGGGUCUCAUGUAUGGAUUUUCAAGUACACUUUAAAGGUCAAACGAGUAAUUUUAAUCAGUUAUGUGGGGGUUUUUUGACAGCUGAUAAGUACUGAAUGUGCCACAGCACCUGGAAAGCAGAUUUGCUAUAUUUACCAUUACAUAUAUUUGGAUUGGGUGCAGGGAGAGUGCUCUGCCCACACUCAUUUCACUCUCCAUCAUCAAAUUACUAGCACUGAUCAACCAGUGCAUCCACAGGAGAGCACUGUCGUUGCAGCACUUCAGAUCUGAGUCACAGCUUGGACAGGGGCCCAGGACCUGUGUAUUAUGGCUGCUGGUUAACAGAGAAGUAGUUGCAUCACAGUGGUGUUGUCCUUGGCUCAGAGCAUUCCUGGCUACUUAAUCCAUACUGCUUUCUCCUGGGCUGCCAGGCUAGUUACUGUUUGGAAGUUAGUCUGGUGUGGUUGUUCUGAAAUUCUUGUGUUCCGGUCACUCAUGCCAUGGUGGUGGAGAUCACAAGGUGACAACUGACUGUCCUCACUUACUGUCUGCAGAACUGAAAACAAACAAAGUAAGCAUAUUUUCAACAAUAUCAGUCAUGGUCUGGGAGCAAGGCUUGAGCCCGGAUGCUGUGGCAUCAGCUUCUAUCAGGUGAACAAAAGGACUGGCUGCAGUGCUUAUGGAAGCAUUAGUGCCUACAGGGAUGAGCAGAAAGGCUGACCAGCCUAAGAAUGAAUUGAGGAGAUUCUUCAGCUUAGGGAAUAAAGACAGUCAAAUUGGAUCUGACAGAAGCCCACAGAUUCAUCUACCAUGUGGAAAAACUGAACUUGGGAGGACUGUUGGGCAUGUAAUGAAGUGGUUAGAGUCAGAAUAAAUAGACAAAAGGGAUUUUUUGGUGUUUUUCCCACUGCAUUUUUGGAACACUGUAGGGUAGGAUAGAUGAGACUCAAAAAGGGAUGAGAUCCACUCAUAGAAGACCAGUGAUGCAAUAGUUCAGCUCCAGCAGCUGGCAGGCGAAACCCACAGGUCCAGGCUUGCUGGCAGUUGACCGGCACACUUGGGGAAGAGUUGCUGUUGGCACAUGCUGCUCUUCCCCCAUCAGAAACUGAGGAGUCCUUCAUCAAGACUCCAGAAGCAGCUCAGCUGCUCUUCAGUGUGGGCACCAGUGAGGGGAACUCAUGGGCCACCAGGACACAGACAGCUGUUGGUAUGGAAGGAGUUGGUUUUAGCCCUGGCAACACUUAAGCUGGGAUGCAGCUCUCACCAUAGAAAAAUCCUAGAGAAAACACCAGGAUUUUGCAGUCCAUUCAGACUGUAUCCACAUCUGCCCAGUCAUUUUUCAUUUCCACAGCACAGUUUCUUAAGAAGAUCUGGAAGGUGGAGAAUUAGAACAAUUAACAGUUUACAGAAACUCAGCUCUGUUUUGCUGUUUUCGUGGGAACAAAGUUUGUAGUGCUGGCUUUAUGGUACCACCUUGCUUUUAUACUCCAUGCUUUGUUAAACAUGGUAAUGAGCUCAGUGCUGUGUAGUGCACUUAGUGCUAUGCAGAAAAUAAAAGUAUUUCCUGCCCACACUUCAGAAGAGCUGCUGUGAUGGUAAAGUCUCUUUCAAGCUUAGGGCUGCUAGCCUAAACACUAUGUACACUGGGCUGGUCUGUCAGAAAGCUCUGUAUUGCAAAUGUAAAUUUAUCUUUGUAAGAAUGACAAGCUCCUGUUCAAAGCACAGCGCUAUAUAAAGCAGUUCUCCAAGGCAUACUAUAUUCCCCCCCUGGAACAGAGAGGAGUUUUGUAUUACAUUAAUCAGCAUCUAAGCCCUGAAGGUCACAAUUAUCUGGCCACUAUUUUUCAGUAUUAGUGAUUUUAGUACAUGAUUAACUUUCAUGUGUGCAUCAUUAAGAUGAGGAAUUGUUUUCAAAGUUUCAAAUAGAGCAGCAGGUCUUAGCUGUAGUAUUUGCCCUACUUGCCCAGCCACUCUUAAAAGGGAUGAUUUAUAGAAAAUCCAGCUGUGAGUUUUCGUUUCUUCAAGAGCAGGAGGCGGGACUAGGAACAACCUAAAAGCAAGCGGAGCAUUGAUCAGAGUAGAAAUGAUGUAGAGCACAGCUCCGCAGACAACAGCUAAGCAUCGUGGAAGUAUUAGCUGGCAGCGAUAAGGAGGCGGAAGCAGAGCUCGGUGACAGAGGAGCCAUCUGUCGGGAGCUGGGAAUCCGAUUUCAAGAGAGCAGAAAAUGAAGUAAAGAAGAAAGUGAUUUUGGUUCAGAGGUGCAGUGGAGCCCAAGGAUAUCUGUGGACAAAAUCGAAGCAAAGGAAGCGUGUGACUGGUUACGUGCAGCUGGAUUUCCCCAAUAUGCUCAGUUCUAUGAGGACUCCCAGUUUCCCAUUGACAUUGCUGCAGUAAAGAAAGAUCAUGAUUUUCUUGACAAGGACCUUGUAGAACCUCUUUGCAGACGACUGAACACACUGAACAAGUGCGCCUCAAUGAAACUCGAUGUGAACUUCCAAAGAAAAAAGAGUGAAGAUUCAGAUGAAGAAGAUCUCUGUGCUAUCAGUAAUAAAUGGACUUUCCAAAGAACCAGCAAACGAUGGUCUCGGGUGGACGACAUUGACGCUCUGCUUCACCGAUCUGACAGACAUGGCUCUUCUGGGGACAUUAAAAUGAAAAACACGACAAGCAGUGAGAGCGUCCUUACAGAUCUGAGUGAACCUGAGCUCUCAUCAAUUCACAGUGAGAGCAGUGGGGGCAGUGACAACAGGAGCCAAUCUGGCACCACCAGCGCUGCCAGGGAGGCCUGCGACUGCUCUGCCCAUCAUGAUGUGGAAAGCACCCUGCUGCAGGACUCUGCUGCAAUAAACACCGCCCCGUCCCCCAGGGAUGGCCUGAAGAAUGAAAAUCCAACACGAGCCAGAGCGAAAACCUUUCUAAAACGCAUGGAGACACUAAAAGCAAAAGCUGUGCAUGGAAAACUAAAAGGCUCGGGAAGAACAGGUCCUUUAGAGAUCAGCAGUCCGGUUCUCCAGUUUGAGCCUAAAUCCUUGAAAGACAUGCACUGUGUACAGAUAGUCAAUGGCGAUCUCCAGAAUUCGGGGCAAGAUUCAGUCAAAAGAGGGCUUCCCUUUUCUGCCAAAUCCAGCAGUGACAGCAGUCAGUCUGAAAACAGCAGCAGCGGGGUGAGCACGCCAUGUUUGAAGGAACACAAGUGCCAUGAAGCAAACAAGAGAGGUGGAAUGUACCUGGAGGACCUGGAUGUUCUGGCAGGAACGGCCUUACGGCAAGUGGUGGACCAAAACCGCAAAAAUGAAUUUCAUUCCCAAGAGAACUUGGUUGUGCACAUUCCCAAGGAUCACAAACCAGGGACCUUCCCAAAGGCACUUUCUAUUGAAAGCCUCUCACCUACAGACAACAGUAACAGUGUAAACUGGAGAACAGGCAGCAUUUCUCUGGGAAAGCAGAACUGCUCUACUCCAAAGGAAUCCGGCCUGAUGGCUUGCUGUCCUAAAGAGAGCAGAAUUAGUAUUUAUGACAAUGUGCCAGGUUCCCACUUGUAUGCUAGUACUGGGGACCUCCUGGACAUAGAGAAAGAUGUCCUUCUUCCUCAGUUAGAUGACAUUUUGCAACAUGUCAAUGGGCUACAGGAGGUGGUAGAUGGCUGGUCAAAGAAGGUGUUGCCAGGUCUGCCGGUUGGUGACGUGUCUGUCAGGGAAUCCCCAUCAUUGCCUUUCCAGUCGCCUACACAGAUCACUCUUGAUUUUGAAGGAAACUCUGUGUCUGAUGGCCGGACCACCCCGAGUGACAUGGACAGAGAUGGAACAUCCCUGAAUGAAUCUGAAGCCACUGGUGUUAGGGACAGGAGGGACUCUGGGGUGGGAGCAUCACUCACAAGGCCAAGCAGGCAAUUACGAUGGCAGAGUUUCCAAAUCUCUCAUCGCCUGAGCCGCUCCAUUGCAUCGCUUCACAUCAGCAACCAGUCAGCAGCCCAGCUGAACCUACUGCAAAAAUUCUCACUGCUUCGUCUCACUGCCAUCAUGGAAAAGUACUCCAUGUCAAACAAACAUGGCUGGACCUGGUCUGUGCCAAAGUUCAUGAAGAGGAUGAAAGUCCCUGACUACAAGGACAAGAAUGUCUUUGGUGUGCCCCUGAUAGUUCACGUCCAGAGAACGGGGCAGCCUCUUCCUCAGAGCAUACAACAAGCCCUGCGCUACCUACGGAGCAACUGUCUAGACCAGGUGGGUCUGUUUCGGAAAUCUGGAGUGAAAUCCCGAAUCCAGGCCCUGCGUCAGAUGAACGAGAGCUCCCCAGAAAACGUCAGCUAUGAAGACCAGUCAGCAUAUGAUGUGGCUGACAUGGUCAAGCAAUUCUUCAGGGACUUGCCAGAACCUCUCCUCACAAGUAAACUAGGAGAGACUUUUCUGCACAUCUAUCAAUAUGUUCCCAAGGAGCAGCGGCUGCAGGCGGUGCAGGCGGCCAUCAUGCUCAUGGCCGACGAGAACAGGGAGGUUCUGCAGACUCUGCUCUGCUUCCUCAGUGACGUCACCUCCGUGGAGGAAAAUCAGAUGACUCCCAUGAACAUCGCUGUUUGUCUGGCCCCUUCCCUCUUCCAUCUCAAUAUAGUGAAGAAAGAAAGCUCUCCAAGAGUAAUACAGAAAAAAUAUGCAACAGGGAAGCCAGAUCAGAAGGACCUCAGUGAAAACCUGGCAGCUACUCAGGGACUUGCUCACAUGAUAAUGGAAUGCAACAAACUUUUUGAGGUCCCACAUGAGAUGAUCACCCAAUCCCGAAACUCCUAUGUUGAUGCAGAAGUGCAUUCUCCUACCCUGGAUGAGCUUGGAAAACAAGUGGAUGAGGAAGGAGGGAACUAUCAGAUGUACCUAGAAACUCUCAUGCAGAAUCUCCAGAAAGAAGCAAAAGAGAAAUUCAAAGGAUGGGUCACAUGUUCCAGUGUAGAGAACACAGAACUCGCCUACAAAAAGGUUGGGGAUGGGAAUCCACUAAGGCUUUGGAAAGCCUCAGUUGAAGUUGAAGCCCCCCCAUCAGUUGUCCUGAAUCGAGUGCUGAGAGAACGUCACCUCUGGGAUGAGGACUUCUUGCAGUGGAAGGUGGUGGAGAGCCUGGACAAGCAGACAGAAGUUUACCAGUAUGUUUUGAACACCAUGGCUCCUCAUCCCGUCCGAGACUUUGUUGUUCUCAGGACAUGGAGGACAGAUUUGCCCAAGGGGAUGUGCAUGCUGGUUGCCAUCUCUGUGGAGCAUGAAGAGGCUCCUCUCAUGGGAGCUGUGCGAGCCAUCGUCAUGGACUCCCAGUACCUGAUAGAGCCCUGCGGCUCAGGAAAAUCCAGGCUGACCCACAUCUGCAGGAUUGACCUAAAAGGACAUUCCCCAGAGUGGUACAACAAAGGCUUUGGACAUCUGUGUGCAGCAGAAGUUGCCAGGAUCAGAAACUCAUUUCAACCUCUGAUUGCUGAGGGACCAGAAACAAAAAUCUGAGGAAGUGUUCCUGGGAGCAUGUGAGCAUAAAUCAGGGUCUGGCAGGGAACAGGAAUACUGAAAGCAAAGGUCUGAUUUAAGCUGCAGAAAUCUGACCAGACCUGGGUCUAUACAAAGCUGAAAAAGGAAUUUUAUAGGAAAGUUCUUUUAUUCUGGAGACUUCAUCUUCCCCCCCUCCCCCACAUCCACUCUAUAUAAUUUUGAUUAUUGAACUAAACAUUUCUUCAGAGAGCUUUUAUUACUUUAAAAACAGAUUAUUGCCAUUACUUGUAUGUUACAUAACUCUGGUAUUUAAAGGCUUCUAAGAAGCAUAUUUUAAUUGUAAAUAAAUAAUGUACAGUAUGUAUAUAUUUAUCUAUAUUCUAUCUAUAUAUAUGUAUAUGUAUAAAUUAAUUAUUUUGUAUAUAACUCAGUGCAAAUCACUUGCAUCAGUUGGACUUUAAGUGGACCUGUCACUUGUUUCUUAGUGUGUCACUGCUACAUAAGCUGUGUUUGCUGUUGUCACAGAGUUACCAGGCCUAAUUCGUGUGAUAACAAACGCCUGUUCCCAAAUAUGUUUUGUGUUUGUGUGUGCUAUGAGAAGGUACCUAGAAAUAGAUGUAGGAAGAAUUACAGGAACUAAGGAAGAAGGAGGUUACAGUGCAUUUAAAAACAAUGAGGAGGGAAUCAGUCUCACCAAAUAAAAUACAUGGAGAUCCAUCUGAGACAGACAUUGUGGAGGCCAUUUAUGUUCAGCUGCAGAAUUGUGACUUUUAGUAGAAGGUGUUGAAAACUUACCUGUUGCCUUAAAUGACUGGUGUCUGUCAGUAGAGACCUCACUGUGUGCAGUGUUCAGGUAACUGCUCAUCCUCGGACAGCACAAGGUAAUGCUGUGUGUCCUGAGAUGGCUGAAAUCAGACUGGUAACUUAUUAAGCUGUAAAUUAAUUUUUUUUUUGCAAGCAUUUUGUCUAGGUUCUGAGUGUUUCUGUGUUCUUUCCUUCUCCCAUAGAGAUGGCUAAUCCAAAGCAGGUUUUCCACAUCCAGUGGACACAAAGACAUGCAGAUGAACACCAUGCCUUUUAAUAUUCUUAUAAUACAAAUAACUAUGCUUUUUUAAGAUUUUAAACACAUCUUGGAAAUUUAAAAGACUAAAUAAAUACUGUUCUUGGAAAGAUCACUUUUAUACUAACAGCAAGCAUUUUCAUCUUAUAUUGCACUGUUCUGCAUGAUCCCACCUCUGUAGGCAUUGGUGGGAGCAGGAUUAGGACUAUGAGGAGUAGGAGCCAUUUAAGCCUAUUAUAUAAUUUCAUUUUCAGGGACCUAUUAUUUUGCUAAUGGAAGAAUGCUUUAAAAGUAAUAAUAAUAAUUUGUCGACAUUGCCUUUGAGGCAGGGUUCCAUUUUGUUUUUAACUAACCUACGACCAAAAUGUUAUUACAUCUAUGACUCAGUAAGAAUGUACAAGCCUGUUAAUACUGUUCUUCAUUAAUCGCAUUUGUUCACUUAGACUUUAUUUAUUGCUGCAUAAACCAGCACAGUCACUCACAGCCAGUGUUUCAGCUCAGUCCUUCCAGCAAAAUCCAGAAAGAUUAGUAUGAGGUGGAUUAAGCAGGAUGCAUUUCCUAUGUGAAGCUGCAGCUUUGUGCCCCGAUUCAAUGAAUGAGGAAGUCCCUUCAAAGCCAGAGAUUUGAACAUUCCCCAGGUGUGGGAGCUGUGCAGUGGACUGUGUUUGGUGACAGCUGCUAGAGCAUGACCCCACGUGCCAUCCUGCACGCACAUGGGGGCUGUGCUGGCAGGGGACAGCCCUGCGAGCUCAGGCAGCCUGAGCUCCACAGGUGUGGGAGCCCAGGGUGAACAGGGUGACCCAAGGUGACCCACAGUGCUCCAGCGUGUCCUUGUGAAGGAGCAGGACUCCAAAAAGUCACUGUCAUCUCCACCCGUGAGCUGUGUCACUCGUGUUUUGUUGUGCAAGUCCUAGGAUCAGGGAUGUUGGCUGCCUUGGAGCUCCUGCCUCAAGUUUAUGGCCAACAAUAGUUGCGAUGGGCAGCUAUCACGAGCUUUAAGUCCUGCAGACAGGGGAGCACUCACGGGGCUGUUACGUGGCCAUAGUGGGGUCUGGCAGUCACCUGCUGGCUGCAGGGCACCCUCACUGCCCAGGCUCAGCCUUCCCAGGAGCAAACGGUGCCUCCCCAGCUGGAAAUGCCAUUCCAGAAAGCAGCACCUCCUCCCAAACGCCUGUGGCCAUGGCAGCAGAUUUCAUGCCGGCUGUUUUCCAAAACAUGAGCAAUUAGAGUACUUCUGCUACAUUAGUUUACAUAAAUAAAUACAGCGGUGCCUCAGCAUUAACAGGCACAGAAUUUCUAGCACUGAGAACGGCAGUGUCUGGCAAUAAAUAAUGUCCUAAGGAAAAGCAGGGAAAACCUGGACAGUGCUUUUAUCCUGUCUCACAAGUCGUUGCUCAGCUGGAAGAGGCCCUGUGCCAUCUGCCACCCUUAGCAAGGUAGGGUUGUUUUCCUGCCCUUGCAGAAGCUCUGUCAUAAGCUUCUGGCAUCUCCAAGCCAUGUAUUGUUGAAAUAAGAUUUCUUCAAAAUGCACAUUAUGCCAUGUCUACCAUUCAGCUACCACAGUAUUUUGUAUUGUUACAUUGAUACAUUACGAUAAUUGCAUUUUUAAAUGUUAUACUCAUAUCAAUACCUCAUAUUUUUACCUCAUCAGUUGGUAUCAGUCAUUAGUUGUAAAUAAAUAAUUUCAGAGUUGAAUAAAUUUGCAUACACUAAAGAAUCAUGUUUCUUUGUGCUCUUUUUCCAUCCAUUGGCUCAAGAAAUGCUGAAUUUAAGCCCUUGAUUUCUUUAUUGCAACUUGCUAUGCACUAAACUGUUCUGGGGUGGGAUUUCAGUAAUGACUGCAGGCUCAAAAUGAUAUUGUUGUCCAUUAUACUUAGGCUGUAGUAUCCUUAUGUAUACAUGAGCUUCAUGGCAAAGAUUAUGUUUUCCAAUUUAGCCAUGUUUCUGCAUCUGUGUUCUUGUCAAUAAUUUGGGUCUAGGUUCAUAGGAGUGACUGGAGCUGGGUGAGUGCUGGGUUCACAUUAUCCGACAUCAGCCAUCUCAAAUCCAUGAAGCCAUUGCAAAAGAGUAAAAGGUAUAGUGGCAUGAUAGUGACUUCUGUGGUUUGUCAUACACAUUCUACAGAUGGAUUCAGUGUUCCUUUGGAUGGGUGUUGUGGUAUAACCCCAGCUGGUAUAACCCUCUCUCUCUAUCCCUCCACCUGGAGGGACAGGGAAGGGAAUCAGAAAGAGGUAAAAC